UGACGUUCUACAACCCUUUCCCUCCAAAAUAUUGACUUGAUUCCAGUGUUUUUCUUGAUAUUAUCCGUCCUGCUAUUUUACAACUUAAAGAGACUAUAUCAGAGAGCUCGGGAGAAAGUCGAUGAUAAGCCUGGCUUUGUGACGGCGGAAAUUAGUCAAUACCUUCCUCCUCGAUCUGUUGCAUCUGGAGGGAGAAAUUCUCCACCUCCACCCCCACAUCGGAUGAAUACUGCAUAUCCGGCUCCAGCUCAUAUCUCGAGUGCUGCUCCUUUGUUGAGCCACAAUUCCCAUCGUAAUUCAUACCCCGUAUCUGUAUCUGCUCAGAACCGCUACAGCACAUUGUCGCAGGCGACAGACCCUCAGCAAAUGGCUACACAGGAUGCGCCUACUCUGCCAAAUCCCCACGACCCAUUCCCAGUACCUUCUCGCCCUGCAUCAAACUAUUCUCUAACACAUUCAAUACCCUAUGAUGCUUCGGCGAGUGCUACAAUGAUGGCCUCCAAUAUGCCAGCGGUCGGCAGUUCAAGCAACUCCCAAUCUGAACGCCGGCUUUCAAUGCUUCACACAGAUAUGAUUCGACAUCAGAAGGAGCUUGAAUUCGAACACAAUAAACGGAGUCUUGAUCAGACUGAAGAACCUCCACCACAAUAUCCUUCUUGAGUGUAUAUAUCACGGAUGAUUUAGUCUCUAUGUAAAAAGACAUAACAGUACCGAUUUGUAAAUCGUUCCUAAGAGGUAGUUUCUAUUCUCCGGCAGUUACCGAUCACCUACUCUGUCUCUCACCAUGUAAAGUAGUUAACGUUGAUGCUAUUCCUUGGCUAUUCUAGAAGAGAAUUACGCUGACCACCGCGACAGU